AGUCGUCAUUGACAUUGACACACUCAUACAGUUGUGCUGCGCACAGUGCAGGCGUGCAAGUUCUUGUAUGUACAGUGCUUCGUCUUUAUUAGAGAGCACACCCGUUACAAUGAGUGAAUAUUUUAGCCUUUCAGACUGUGAUGUUAUUGGUUUUGAUUUGGAUCACACUCUCUGUCGAUACCAUUUGAAGGAGACGUCUAGGCUGAUCUAUGAGAGUUUUGCCAGUUAUCUGGUGGAGCAUAAAGGCUAUGACAAGGACCUUCUGACGCUAACCCCAGCAAACUGGGAUUUCUGUUUUAAAGGCUUAGUGGUGGACCUUGAGGAUGGAAACCUGGUAAAGCUGGCAGAAGAUGGGACUGUUUUACGAGCAACUCAUGGCACCAUUGACCUCAGCACAGAGGAGAUCAUCAAACACUAUGGCCCCCAAAGGGAAUGGAAGCAUUUCAAUAGCCUCAAUACAUCCUUCACAAGAUCUACAAAAUACUAUUUUUAUGACAACUAUUUUGACCUGCCCGGGGCUCUUCUUUGUGGUAGGGUAGUGGAUAUGUUGCAUAAGCGUGGAAAUGAGGUUAAUGCAGAUUUCUGGAAAGACAUGUUGGCCGCAAUCGACCACAAUUACAACACAUCAGCGUUUAAAGAGGAUGCUGGGACGUACUUCCCCAGUGUGAAGCGGGACCCAGGCAGGUACCUGCAGCCCUGCUCCGACGCCGUCAAGACCUGGCUCCGCUGCAUGAAGAACGCUGGCAAGGUCCUCCUGCUCAUCACCAGCUCUCACAGCGACUACUGCAGGCUCAUCUGUGAUCACGUCCUGGGGAAGGACUUUGAGGAGCUGUUUGACGUCAUCAUCACCAACGCCUUGAAGCCUGGCUUCUUUUCCUUGGUGCCCCAGCAGAGACCUUUCCGGACCCUGGUGAGCGACGUGGAGGAGAGUGAGGGCCUGCCCUCCCUGGACAAGCCUGGCUGGUACUCCCAGGGCAACUGGCCCCACCUCCACGAGCUGCUGAAGAGCCUGACGGGGAAACCUGAACCCACGGUGGCAUACUUUGGGGAUAGCAUGCGAUCGGACAUGUUCCCAGCUAGCAGCUUUGGGAAAUGGGAGACGGUGAUGAUCGCAGAGGAAAUGGAAGGAGAGGGCAUCCCGAAGAGCCAGGCUGCCAAGUCCAACGAGGCCCAAGUGGAGCCUCUAGAGAAGAAGGGAAAGUUUGAGGACCAGGGCAUGAAGUCUCCCUCGGCACCAUCGGAGCAGUGGGGUUCCUACUUUGUCGACACCCAUAAGAGUGUUGAAGGGGAGGAGGAGAGCCAGAGGCUCACCUGGUGCUGCCACAGCCUCCACAAGUACAGCACCAUGGCCAUCCCCAGUGUGGAAGCCAUCGCAGACCUUCCCCUAGACUACAAGUUUCCCAGAUUCUCACCAAACAAGCCGUGUACCACAGGCUACUACCCCAGGCCUCCAGACUCCCUGCUCAAGAUGGUCCAAAGUCAGUCCUAAGAGCCCUCCCUCCCUCAGCCCUCAGGAGAGGAAUGUGCCUCCAUGUUUCCUGUAGUUCCUCACCUGAACCACCCUCUCCAUGAAGCACAGGAGUCACACUCCCAUUUAGAAACACCAUGUGAAUGUAAAGCACCGUGAUACUCCGUCUGUCUCCUUCUCUUUCAAUUUCUAUAUUUCUCUCUCUCCCCUCCCCCCACUAUUUCAUCAUUGCCUACAUCUGAACGUUGUUAGGUGGUUUAUUGUACGUGCGUAAUUGUGACUUGCCAAAAUAAUGUAUGUUUGUGUGUGUGUGUGUGUGUGUCAGCAGCACACAGCAUAGUGUUCUCAUUGUUUAAUGUAAAAACCACCCUUUUGUAAUGAAGAUGAGUAGUUGGUGUUACGGUUGAAUCCUCACCUCUUCGGUCCAUCCACCAGUGUACUGUACAUGUUCAUAGCUGCUGUAACAACCAGGAUAAGUAGGAUCUCUCCAAACGCAGAGGAUAUUGUCUCGGUACAUUACAGAAAAUUGCUUACCUCAAAAAUAUGAUCCGAGUUGAAAUGCAACUUCAAAUAGUCACAGGAGUGUGUGUGUCCUGGCAGUCCGUCAUGUCCAGUAUUGUUGUGUUGGUUUGUGUCAGUAAACACUAUUAUACAACUACUGUAUGUAUUAUCAGGGUUCUUGUUUAACUGUAUGGAUUUUGGUCAGUGACUUGAUAUUCCUUUCAAGGUGUGUACCCUUGUGUCAGUUUGGUGGAAGGUGUUCUUAAAGGUAUUGUCCUACAAGAAAUGGCACAAUCUUGCUCUUCUUUGGUGUCGCCUUUCUCUUAAAAGAAUACAAUAAUAAGUCCUUCCUACUGUAUGAAAACUGUAAUGCUGAAUGGUAAAGAAGACUAUGCUCUUUGUUUUCUGUAUGUUAUUUUGGUCCAGCAGUACAUGUUGUGGUCUUUUGAGUGAUUGUGUAAAAAAUGUAGAAUACUUAUGCUUCAUAUGCAGUACCAAUUGGAGAUGUGCUCAAACCGACUUCUGAAUGGUUGCACUUGUUAGAAGCAUACUUCUUGUAUGACAUGUCUUAAAUAUGCUUUUGGCGUUAUUGUUCUGACAGGUAGAACUGUAUUAGCUGAUAGUGUCAGCCAAAGUGUUAUUAUUUAGGUUGCAUUGCAGCUUUAGUGAUUGUACUUCACAUACUCAUUCUUUUGUAUCUGACCUGUAAAACUUUAACCCAUUGCCUUAUGUUUCAGUCAUUAGGGAAAGUGUUCAAUGUACUGUGUAUGAAAUAAAGAUGUUCUACAAUUUUGUUACA